AUGAGACUUCGGGAAAAGUCUGGCGCGAAAAGAAGACCGAUGGAAAUCAUUCAAUGUAUUCACGAGGAGAAAACAUGUCACUCAGUUGACUUCCGAGAUAUCAGACGUAAUGGUAAAGAGAUAGAAGCAAAUGGACCAAGAGUAACGGGUAAUAGCACGACAUGA